AUGAACGAAAUAGAUUUGAUUAAGGAAGUGGAAAAGCGGCCGAUUUUGUAUGAUAAAACUGUGAGUGGUUUUAAUAAGACGAAGCUGAGAGAUGACGCUUGGAAGGAGGUUCAAGAGGCUUUGAAUGUGUCAGAAGCGGAGUGCAAGAAACGAUGGCGCUCCUUGCGCGACUCGUUUAUAAAAUUGCAACGAACCCACGGCGGUAGGACACGGUGGCCCUACCACAAUGCCAUGAGAUUCUUACUGCCUCACGUCGAACAGAAGCCUGAAACACAAACAAAACGGGAAACCUCCGACUCAGAACCCGAAGAGGAAGUACGUCACCGUCCAGGACAGUCACUUCCGGAUCUCUUCUCAGAACCUCGGCUAGAAGACGAAGAUGACUUCCAACCGAAGAAACCGCGCCUUAACUCCACGGACGACGAAUGCCCGAGAACCGACCCCGACGAGCUUUUUCUACUAAGUUGUGCUUCCACGCUCAAGAGACUUAAUUCAAAACAGAACGCUGUAGCGAGACUUAAAAUACAACAGGUUUUAUACGAAGCCGAAUUUGGUACCCAAAUGGAGCUGCCGUAUGUGACUCCAGCCAGCGACUGUGAUUACGAAAACGGGGAAGGAUCAGUAGAAUAA